CAAGAUGGCGGAGUAGCAGGCGAUGAAGAUGGUAAUAGAUAACCCGUAGAUAAAGAAGGUGGAAACGAUGACAGUUGGUUUGAAGGACGGGUUGGAAUAGUUCUCAAAGAAAUUCCUUGAUCCACCAUUGAUCACGAUUGGUAGUACGGACAAACCAGACACUACGAAUACAAAAGAAUGUAUACACGGCGUUAAAAGUAUCUGUAUACGGCACUGUUUUUUUAACUUAUACCAAAUGUGUCCACAAAUGGGUCCAAAAUGAAAUUAUGUUUACUCACUUCAAACUUGAAUUUUUAGGAUCAGGACUAAUCAUAUUUUUUCAAUGCUAGCGACCACGUGACCGUAUGGCCAACAUAAAAGGUCCCAAACAUUCACAAAAGUAAUAGUGGCAAAGGAUUGGCAAAUAGUUGCUAAUCUUCGCGAAAAAAUCGCUUACAUUCGCUUACAGUCGUAAAUAGUCGCUCACUGCCCUUUGCAAACGCUUUCGCAAACAUUCGCUCAAAACAAAUGUUGCUAAUUGUCGCUAAACAUCGCUAAAAGUCGCUAAAUGUCGCAGAGGCGAACACUGAUUUUCGCCAACAUUCGUCAGAAAAGUUGGCGGGUCCAAAGUUCGCAACGUUCGUAAGCAUUCGCCGCUUACUGACUGAGAUACAUGACUUGCAUUGUACGGUACAAAGUUAAACGAACUUGCGAUGUACGGUACAAAGAACAACGGUCAAAGUACAAAGGCCCCAAAUAUUGACACACCCGGCUGAGCUCUAAGGGUAUAUGCAUGCAUGUGAUGACAUCUAUUGCAAGGCUUUGUAGCCUACCUGUAAACGGUAUACUUUAUAAGUUAAGUAUAUAACUUUAUGAACGAUCAUCAUGAGGACCAGGACAAAACUACUCACAUUCCUUGCGGGAAUGGGAAUCCUUGUUAGCUAUGCCUUCUAUAAACCUGUUCCCGAUGGUUUUGCAGAACCAUGGCAGUACCGUACAUCGGCUACCAUCUCCCAAGCCAUUCAGGGCCUCAAUUACGUAAGGAUGUGUGUGCGGGACCGUCGUUGCCCAAACAUCUUCGAGGAGCUUGUGGAGGCAUUUAGCAUAUUUGGAACCUUUGUUGGGGAUCCACCGGAAGAGGUACCUGGGUCAAACAUCAGGUCACGAGUGACGUCAUUCGAUGGUAUCAGGGUGAGAGUGUACGAGCCAAACAAGAAGGACGGCGAAGGGGAUCUCCCUGCAUUCUUGUACUUUCACGGUGGAGGUCUGGCGGUUGGCAACAUCGCUUUUUACGAUCCCGCUGUCCGCAUGAUUUCCGAAAGAGUACACGCUGUUGGGAUUGCCGUCACAUACCGACUAGCACCUAAACACGUGUUCCCAGCUGCAUUCGACGACGCUUUUGCAGCCACGAAGUGGUUCCUGAGCCACGCUGACGAGUUGGGCGUUGAUCCAACGAGAGUAGCCCUGAUAGGGGAUAGUGCCGGUGGUCUCCUCGCCGCCCUUGUGUCUGGGGCGAUCUCGGACGAGCCUUCCUUGCCCGACAUCAAACUCCAGGUACUCAUAUACCCAUGGCUUCAGAGCUUCGACCACAACACCCCAUCCAUGCAGAAGGGGCGAUGCCAGCACGGUGGUUUCGGACAAACUGUAGACAUGAUUGGUAUUAUGCCAUACUUCGUCACUGCAUACACCUUUGGCAGUGUGGACGAGCACCUCGGACAGCAGAUCUAUGCGAACAACCACACAUCGGCUGCCUUCAAACAAUCGGAAUUCUAUCAGAAGCAUCUCAGCCAUGAUCUCAUCCCAGCUGAUAUGAAGCCGGAUUGCUAUGUCCCUCCGACAUCAGACUUCGGUGAUGACGAGCUAUGGGAGAACAUGAAGGACGCUUUGACCUCGACGAAGUAUUCGCCUCUCUACCGCGAAGAUUUUUCCAAAUUGCCCCGCUCGUUCGUCGCGACGUUCGGAUACGACUGUUUACGCGAUGACGGGAUAUUCUAUGCAAAGAGGCUGGAAUAUGCGGGCGUGCCAGUGAAGUGGGUGAAUUAUGAAGACGGUUUUCAUGGCAUUGCGUGGUUUGGAGAUAAUUCAUAUGAAAUUGGGCGACAGAUGGCCGACGAUUUUAUCGAAUAUACAAAAGAGCAUCUUUGAUAAAAGAGUAGAUAUUCAAUCUCUAAUCAUGUUGAUCGUGAGAAUUAUUUUCUCAAUGUAUGUAUAUUCCCUAAAUUGUCAAUAUUUUUUCUUCCCACUUCUUAUAAAAUAAUCGUGACAGUAUGGUCUAUUCUUGAUAGAUAAAGUUUAUAUCUUCUCAGAACUGUAUGAUCAAUAUAAAUAAUCAUAGAUGUUGAAUAAAAGAUUUCUGAGUAAAUAUAAACUUGAUCAAGAUUAACCAUAUUGUCACAAUCAUUUUCAUGAAAUAAGAUAUGAAAAUGUUAUGCUAACUUUAUGGUCAACAGUGUGUAUUGCGUCACACAUUUAUCUAAAGAAUGGUUAACAAAUCUUCAUGAAUAUUUUUUGUUUGUUGAACCACUUAAUCAUUAUUACAACCUGGGCCCCGUCUUACAAAGAGUUGAUAUCAAUAGCAACUUAUUUGCGA